CCUCACUUCUGAUGAAUGUUCAAACCUACGGCAUAUAAAUAUGAAGAACACUUUAUUGAAACUAUUAACUUGACCUCUUGUUUUAAUAUAGCAGUGAUUUGUUGUCCAAUGCGCGGUGAUAAUUUGAGUUCAGCGUUGUAGCUGUCAGGUGGGAAUGUUGUCUCUUGCCAUCGCUUCUGCAGCCACUGUAGCCACUGGUGUUUACUUUUACAAACGGAAAUCCUGCAAAGUCGACUUUCCUCUUGACUGUCAUUUGCACGAACAAUCUGUUGUUGUUAGCGAUGACCCAAACUGUCGAACUUUUAUUGCGCAUAUCCCAAUUCCUAAAUCCUACGCCAGUUUAUCAACAGUUUGUGAAUUGUUUCUUUGUGGACUCAACUCAUCAGCUAAACUACCUUGUCUGGGAAGACGUGAUAACUGUGACCAGGAUUAUCAAUGGAUUACAUAUAAUCAGGUGAAUGAUACAAUCCGUGUUAUACAGUCUUCUCUCCAUGGACUUAAUAUUCAAGGCGUCAAUGGUAACUACUUCGUAGGUAUUUCAUCCAAGAAUUCUCCUGAAUGGAUAAUGAUAGAGUUAGCCUGUGCAUUCUCUGGUUAUACUAUUGUACCGUUGUAUGACACCUUGGGCGAUGAAGCUGUUUUAAGCAUUGUCAACCAAACAAGGCUUCAAGUUAUGUUCUGUGAUUCAACUGAAGUUGUUGACCGGCUUAUGUCAGCAGCACCAGAAAGUCUUCAACACAUUAUUCUCCUUCCCAAUUCAUCAUCAUCGACAAGCAAAAGCAGCUCAUUUCUCUCUUCGAACAAUAAUCUGAUAAAAACUUAUGCAUAUGAUGAAUUUUUGACACUUGGUGCAAAUGCAUUCGUUCAGUCUAAGAUGCCGAAGGCCGAGGAUUUGUUCAUGAUCUGUUAUACAAGCGGAAGCACAGGAAUACCAAAGGGCGUAAAAAUCACACAUCGAUGUAUCAUAAAAACUAUUCAGAGUUUAUUUCAACGCAUUGAAAGUAAUGUCUUCAAUAGUAGUGCUGCACAUUUAUCUUACCUACCGUUGGCUCAUGUAAUGGAACAGUUAGUAUCGCUGUCUACCCUCAUGUGUGGUGCUAGAAUUGGCUAUUUAACGGAUGGUAUUCAAGGAUUGUUGUCUGACCUACAAGCUGUUAAACCAACCUACUUUUUCACUGUUCCACGAGUGCUAACUCGAUUGUAUUCUGCUACACUGGAUCGGAUUUCAACUUAUCCUUUACUACCAAAAAUAUUCCGUCAUGCUAUUAAGAAAAAAGUUUCAGAACAAGAGGAGAAUAUCUACAAUCAGAACAGUAUUUGGGAUGUACUCUUCUUCAAUAAAAUCAAGAAUAUAUUAGGUGGUCGUGUCCAGUGUAUUGUUUGUGGUAGUGCCCCGGCUCCAACUGAAAUUAUACGCUUCACUAGAGCGGUUUUUGGUUGUCCAGUGUUAAUAGGCUAUGGACUGAGUGAAUCCUGUGGCGUUGUCAGUAUAACACUCUUCGGUGAUACUAAAUUUAAUCGCGUUGGUGCACUUAUCCCUGGAAUCUCUGUCAAAUUAUCAGACAUUCCCUGUAUGGAUAUCUAUGUGGAUAAAAUGAAAAUGGGUGAGGUUUGCGUUAAAGGUGUCCAAUGUACAGAAGGUUAUUAUAACGAUGAAGAGAAUACAAAACAACUGAUCGAUGAAGAUGGAUGGUUGCAUACUGGUGAUGUUGGCGCUUGGAAUGAAGAUGGUAGUUUAAAAAUUGUCGACAGGUGUAAAAAUGUGUUUAAAUUAUCUCAAGGUGAAUAUAUUGCACCAGAGCGGUUAGAAAAUAUCUACCUGUUAAGUCCAAUAGUUGAACAGAUUUUCAUCGAUGGCAAUUCUCUGAACAACUUCCCCGUGGCUAUCGUUGUACCGAAUGUAAAAGAAUUGACAAAACGUUUAUUGGUUAAGGGGGAUCAUGCAAACAGCAACGGUGUAUUGAUGAAUAGUGGUGACGAUAAGGAGGAGAAGAAGAACAGGACUAGUAGUACGCUGAGUGAAAAAGAACAAGACGUAUCCAAGUUGUGUUCACAACCUAUGGCACGUAAAAUUGUUGCCUCAGAAUUGGAAAGCAUUGGAAGGAAAGAAAAACUGAAAGGCUUUGAAAUUGUUAAAGCGGUUUAUUUAUCAGCCAGUCCAUUCACUGUAGAAAAUGGUCUACUUACAGCCAAUAUGAAACUUGCUCGACCUCAACUGCGUAAAACCUUUUCAGAAGCAUUACUUCUUUUAUAUGAGGAAGUUCGCCUUUGAAAACAAUGUCUGUUUGUGUUUCUCUCUGUGUGUAUGCGUAAUCACUUUCACUAUGUUCAUAUCAUUCUUCAGAUCUUAUAUAUAUAUAUAUAUAUAUAU